CAGCCCGGCUAGUGCGGGCCUCGGGCGGCGGCGGAGGACGCGGCCUGAGGGAGCGGCAGGCCGAGCGUCCAUGGCGCGCGGGCCCCGGCGGGGCGCGGCCGCGGCCUGAGGGGCCAUGUCCGGGGUGGUGCGGACCCUCAGCCGCUGCCUGCUGCCGGCCGAGGCCGGGGCCCGCGAGCGCAGGGCGGGCGACGCGGAGCGCGAGGCCCGGCGUCGCAGCCGCGACAUCGACGCGCUGCUGGCUCGCGAGCGGCGCGCGGUGCGGCGUCUCGUCAAGAUCCUGCUGCUGGGCGCGGGCGAGAGCGGCAAGUCCACCUUCCUCAAGCAGAUGCGCAUCAUCCACGGCCGCGAGUUCGACCAGAAGGCGCUGCUCGAGUUCCGCGACACCAUCUUCGACAACAUCCUCAAGGGCUCAAGGGUGCUUGUUGAUGCACGAGACAAGCUUGGCAUUCCUUGGCAGCACUCUGAAAAUGAAAAGCAUGGGAUGUUCCUGAUGGCCUUCGAGAAUAAAGCGGGGCUUCCUGUGGAACCCGCCACCUUCCAACUCUAUGUGCCAGCUCUAAGUGCGCUCUGGGGGGACUCUGGCAUCCGGGAGGCUUUCAGCCGAAGGAGCGAGUUCCAGCUGUAGCUUUGUUCAGCCUGCAACACUCCAUGUACCUCCUGUCAGCUUGAACUCGGCCCCUUGACCUCAUGCCUACUUGAACUCAGUUCUGCCACACUCUGACUCUGGGAGCCACUACAUGGAGCCAGCCUGCACCUGCUCUGAGUUUUGAGCUCAGUCUGCCUCUCUCCAAGAUAGCUACUGGCCAAUCACCCUCUCUUGGAGGUCGUCUGAACCCAAGUAUCUCACCAGCCACUGCAGCCUACUACAUCUACUGCUCUGCUCCACUGGUGCAUUUCUCCAUGGGGUCACCAGUGGUCACCGUGCAUCUGCAGUUCAAGCCAUCCCUUCCACGUAGUGCAUCAAGUCUAGGAAGAAAGCGCUGCUUGCCACUUACUUCUUCUGCAUUGAAAUCUCUCUCUUCACUUUCCCUAUGAGCUUCAAUUCUUGCUUCAGAUACUUGCUGGAUCCCAAGAACCUACUUCCCUGCUCUUCUUUUCCUCACAGUGCUAUAUUUCAGCAUCUGGACUCAAAAUCUUGGACAGACUGUUUCUCUGUCUUCACUGUUCUGCCAUCUUCCCAGAAGUCCCUUACCCACUAAUUUUAAUGCCUGUUUGGGGAGCUUAACGAUGACAUUUUUAGCAACCUUGUAAUCCUAGCAGUGGGGAGGCUGAGGCAGGAGAAUCACGAGUUUAAGGCCAGUCUGGUCUAUAUAACAAGAGCCUACCUCAAAAAAAGACACAUUACCAACUCUUUUUCAUUUACACAUUCAGCAGUUAAAGGGAAAGAGUGAAAAGAAGUAAAAGACAUUGACAUAGAAAAAUUCCCUUCUUAAAGGCAAGAAUGUAACAAGGGACUGGGAGAACACAAGUUAGAAUCAAAAUGUAGAUUUGGGUUAAUUCUUUUUCCUCCACAAAUGCACAUGGCCAGGGAAAGAAGAUUCUAGUCUAUUUAGAACUGGAAUUGGAAUUGAAACUGCUGCUAUUAAUUAUCUAUCAAAGAAGGAAACAGAAAUACCCAGAGCGGAUUACUUACAACUGAUGUGUAAUGAGUAGUCAUUUCGUCUAGGACAGAAGUAUGCUGAGGUGGUUUUAUCAGACUUACCAUUUGCCUUAUUCCAUUGGGCACAGUAUUUUAGGGCUGGGAGGGAACCCCAGAUUAGAAAGUCAAGCCUUCAAAUUGUUUUGGCCUUGGAAAUAAGCCCAGAGAGGUUAAGGCUCGGCCAAGAUCACAUCUUUUGAUAAUCACUGUGAGAAAUUUGGGCCUCAAAGUCCAGUCUGCUUAUUUCUUGCCAUAUUUGCUCACGCCGUCCAAACUUAUGUGUUAGACACUGUGCUGUGUGCAAGAAAUACAGCAGCGAGUAAGAGCAAACGUAGUAAGCCCAGGGAUUUAGCUCAGUUGUAUAAACACCUGCCUGGCAAGCACGAAGCCAUGUGAGUUCUAUCCCCAAUACAAAAAAAAAGAUCAAACAGGUAUCUAUCCCCAGAGAGCUUUGAAUCUAGAUGUAAACUUGACAUACAAUCAGACUUCCACAAGGUGGGCCCAGAGUUCUCUUUCUAUCCUGUGCUUCAAACAGCAUGACUUUUUAAAUCUAUGGCUACCAGAAAAGUACACUGCUCAAGUCAGUCAUAUAUUCUUAAAGGUAAUAGGACCAAAAGCAAGUGUGACCGUGUUAAAUUCUUAGCUGUUUGGUAGUAGAUACAGGUGUGUCUAUUACUCCUAUACUUCAUACAUUUUGUAUUUUUCAAAACUAUACCAUUUUAUUGUAAAGUAGCUAGGUAUUAGGUCCUAACAGUCAUUGUCAUCAGGACACACCGUCACCAUGAAAUGUCAGGAGCAUAAUCGUCUUCAUUCCCUGUGCUCUGCAGUUGUCCUGGCGUCUGUCCUCUGAAUCUUUUCCUUAGUGUCACAAGUAAACAUUUCCAGGGCAGUGUUUCAGCAACUUGUUUUUGCUUCUUUUCCAUCCCAGCUGGCAGAACUUGCAGCCUUUGACAGCUGGGAGUGCUGUGGGCCAGGUGGCCACCCUCCCUGUCUGUAUGCUGCCUGGACUUGCCCCUAUUCCAACCAGAGACAGAGACAAAAGCAAGAGAAAAGGCUGGAUCUGAUGACCAUCUUGUGAUGGCCUUUCUCCCCUGAGACAAAGAAGAGACACCUCAAUGGCUUCCUCUCAGCCCAUCAGUAUUGCAUGCUCACUGGAGUGCACUGCUAUUCAAGGCCAGCCUGGACUUCAGGGUUGAUGUCAUGUCUGUGGCCCAGUGACAAAGGAAGGAAAGUGACCUUGCCACAUCAGACCUCAGCUCUUAGACUCUAGCAAAGAAGACACAGCAGGCACUCAACAGAGAGGUUUUUGCCAUAAGUACAACAAAUGCUGUCUUUUUAUGUUCCUCUUUUUAAAUAAAAGUGAAUUUACGUUUUUUAAAGCAUAACAUACAGGUGAUCACCAAUGUACUUACAGUAUAGCACAGUACAGGUGAUAUUACCAUGAAUUAUGUACAUUCAGUUAUUCAUUUUAAUCUGGAAAUCUAGUGAAUUAGAGUGAUCUGACCUGGAUACGCUGGUUGUCUAUAGUGUCCAGCACUUGGUCUGCCCAUGAUGGUGACUUUGGCACAUAAUGGUUCGCCCUGCCAGGCCAUAUGCCAGCUAUUCUUCCAUUUCUUCCAGUGAGUCCUUCCUGGGUGCCAGGAACUGUACACCAAGUCCUAGUUCCUCAAAGAGCUGGAAACCUAGACAGACAUGUGAGGAAAUAAUUGCACUAAACUGUGAUACAAAAUAUAUUUGAGGAUAGUCAGGCUACAUUAGACACAAAGGAAAAAAAGCAGGCAAUACUACUUGGCAGGAAGGGAACAGAUGUUCUUGGAGGUUUUUCUAAAAAUUGGCCGAGAUGAGCCAGGGGGACAGUUGGGAUCAGGAAACAGGAAACAGAGAGAGAUGGGGCCUGGGGAAGCUGCAAACAGUGACAAAAACUGAAUCUGGUUCAAUCCAUGAAGGAACUUUACUGCUGGGAACAGACAAAAUCCAAGAAUGGAGACUAUCUUAGCCUGCCCAUCCCUCUCAGCUGGCUGUCUUUGGGCUGGGUUUCCCCUGUGCCUGCAGAAGGGUAGCAGCAGGACAAAAGCGCAUAAGGAGGCAAAGAGGAGCAAAGAGGACCAGGCACACAGCCAGGCAGCGCUGCAUGUGGGUUGGUUAAGCAUGGGAAAGCCUGCUGUGGGACUGGGCACUGAGAGAGGGCUCAGGGUGGGAAAGAUUUCCCUCUGGCCAUUUGGCCUGAGCGCUGUGGACUUGGAUGCAGGCAGUAGGGCACCAAUGAGGUAUAGAGAGCAGAAAAUAACCAAUCUGAGAUAUAGUUUUUCCGGGAACUUCAGUGAGUGGUGUAAAAGCUGAAGAGAGAGGCAGGGCUGCCCAGCUCUCUGAGAAGCCAGUCAGAAGGCUGGGUGGGCUGGCACCAGGGUACAGUAGUUCUGAUGCUCAGCUUCAGGUCUUAUGGCUUGGUGGUUUCUCACUAGUUUUUGACGUAAUCUUUUGCUUCUUAACUAGUAAUUGUAAUAAUCAUCACCAUACUUUCCUUUACACCUCCAUGUGAGCAACCUGGGAAAUCAGUUAGGUACAGGGUAAAUCUCCCAGACAGAGAAUGAGUAUUGUCUUUCAUGAUAUACUCUCAAAAUUGUGACCAGUUAACUAAAUAGAAUGGCCACUUUGUUGCUAUGGGCUGGUUGUGCCUGUGAAUGUUCUGAGGAUGGAACAGUUCUAGGAGUUUGAGACAUCUAUGACCACAUGUCCAUAAGAGGUGAGCACCUCCUUAGUCUGGAGCUGGGGAGCCUUACUCAGGUGAAGUGCUACAUACAGACUGGCCGCUGUCCUCUGCUGUCCUCAGACACUUCUUGCUUCCUGCUUCUCAAGUUAAGUCAUCUGGCUGUGAAUGUAUCUUAUAUCCUGUCCGUUCUUAUUCUUAGUGACAGAACUUCAUGCCUUCUUGAGAUGUUUCCCUUUCAGCAUUGGAAGAUGCAGAUAACAGCUUCCCCAGGGCCCAGGUUAUUAGCACUGCUUUCUCUCUUCCUUCUCCAGUCCUCACCCAGCGUCUUGGACUUUUUGGGGGCCAUUGUCUGUAGAAGCAUGGCUUACAACUUCUCGGGCUUGGAAUGCUUUCUGGUAAAGCUCUGGGAUAAAGUAGUAUCAGUCUGUGCUAUGUGUCAGUUGUGUCUUUUCAGAAGAGAAUCCUCUAACAAAACCACUUGACAAGCACAGCUCAGUGUGCCUUUGGAAACUUGCUGUACUUUGCUGAUAGCAUUUUAAUUGACUUUUAAAGUGGUGCACCUGAGUUUUUUAGUCAGCUUUUGAGACACUAGACAGCUGGGCUAGGAGACGAGGCUAAUAACUUAGAAUGUCCUUGGGCCACAGGAAACAAAGUAACUUCAACAGAAAAGUGCAUUUGUACAUUUUCCCUGAGCACCAUUCCUCCUUGGACACUUGCAAUGCAGUGACUUGGUAGUCACUGUGAGAUACUCAGGAAAGUGUGUUUUUGCAGGUGGUAUCUUAGGAAUGAGACCUAAAACAUCAGCAAUGCCUGUCAAAUGGCAGGUUACAUUCCAUGUUGUCUGAGGGCAACAUAAGUGUUCUCCAGUUGUGAAUCCAGUCAUAUGUCUGCUGUGUGUUUUACCUAGGCCCACCAAGGAGCAGUUGCAGUCCCUUGUAGAGUAAUCCUUUGCCAUUUCCAUAUUUCUUCUCUUCUUUGCUACAGACUUAAUUCUUUCUAUCUCCAGACUUGAUUUUUUUAAAGUUCUCAGUGUAAUCCAAGGUUUUAGACUAGAGGAAAAAAGUAAAAGCUGGAGUGCUGAUGAAGACAAGACCCAAGCUUCUGGUGUAUUUCUAUGUUGAAGUACUCGAAAUUUCCAAAGAAUCUGCUUUGUAGCUGUGUGAAUCUCUUGCCAUGCAACAGACACAAGUCUCCCCAGUCCUGUGCUAUUGCUGUUUGGUUUGGUUGCAUGUGACUGAAUCCCCAAUGAGCAAUGAGGCUCAAAGAUGGUCAUCUUUCACCUUCUCAGAAAAAAGCCCGGAGGUAGCCAGUCUAGACAUGAUAUGGGGUAUGUGUCCAGUCUUUCGAGUAUCCUGUGUCACAGCUCCUGUUUUCAGGUAUGCCUGUCAGACUGCAUUCCAGACCCCGACGGGGAUGGGAAGAGAGUCCUCCAUAUACUCUUGGGGGCCGUCCUGGAAGCACUGUCCACUUCCUCCUCAGGCUCAUCACCUAGAGCUUGGCCAUGCAGCCACACCUGCAGAGAGGGCGCCAAGUAUGUGUUCAUGGCUGGAAAGUGUCACUAGGAGGAAGGCUGGAGUGGGAGCCUCCCCCAGCGUCUUUUGGUCUUUUCCUACCUCUGAUCUCACACCAAAGAAGUCAGUGCAUCAUGCAGAGUCCUCACAUAGUCGGGCUGCGAUAAAUCAUCUUAUCUCUUUAUUGCUGUGUGAGGAGGAAAACACAGUCACACAUGAGAGUCUGUGGAGUGUUCUGUGGUCUAGUGGAGAUAAGCCACAAGUAGUCUUGUGCAUCUAUAUCAAUUUUAUGCAAUUGGUUCAAUUCGUAAAUAUCUGUGGAGGACCACUGUUUGUCUGGUGGUGUAAUGAGCACUGGAGAAAUAGUAGCAGACCAAGACCAAAGCUCAUCCAGAUAAGAAGAAACAGAGCCAGCACAUUAAUAUGUGUGCAUUAAAGAACGCUCUAGCUGAGCACUGGGCUAGAGAGAGUGGAGGGUGGGGGGUGCGGAGAGGGAGACCUGGACAGAUAUGUAGGUUGACCCGGGGGUUUCUUCAGCAAGUUCUUAUUCUCUGGAGAGAACUUGCUCUCCCCCAGUUUUGUUUUCUCUACUUUAUGAUAACCAAGUUUUGACUGUGACCACAAACCCAAGUAAUACUUUCUGUUUUUUUCUAUAGUUUGAAAUGGCCAUGAGACUAAGUGCUGGGUCUUGCCCUUAAAAUGAAUGGAGUUUGCCUCAUCCUGUCUUCUACUUCCUGAUGGCUGCCCAGGGUCAGUUACAAAUGGAAGCAGCACCCUAUGUGUAGCAAGGCACCCCUUUGUUGGCUUAUAGUCCACUAUACGUGGCUUAUAGUCGACUUUGUUGGCUUAUAGUCCUCACCAAGUCACUUUCUGGAAUGUUCCCAAACGGAGUGUUUGGGUGAAACAAGAUAAGUAUUCUAGUGAGGUGCACUUUGCAUGUGCAAAGGCCUUAAGGCAGAAGUGACCUGUGUCCCAGAGUGCAGAGAAACUAGGAUGAGGCAGAGACUUGACAGCAGACAGGUGAAAGGUGAUAACCCCAGCAGCUCCACACCGCAAAAGGUUCGUGGUGCACUGGAACAGAGCAGAAAUAUCAGAGAAUAAUUUCCAGAGAAGAUGGAGUUAUAUUUCAAAUACUCAGGUACCUGACAUUACUGUCUGAGUUUGGGUUUGCUCUUAUGUAUGUAUGUAUGUAUGUAUGUAUGUAUGUGUGUGACAGCUUUGAACCAUCCAGAUUAAAUUAACUUUCUUAGUGUGACUCAUAAUAGAAACUUAAGUGUUCAAUUCAGAAGGACUUGAAAAGCUAACUACACCCUCUGUCUGAUAGGAAACCAUUUGAGGCCUGAGAGGAGAGGAAAUUUGCCUGAUAUGACAGAUGAAUGGCCUGUCUCAAAUGAGAGUGGGAGACUGAGAGGCAACUGUGCUGGCCAAGCUCCAUCUGGGAGCAGACCGGUCUCUCUGGGGUGGUUCUCACCUAAGCUGGGGCCAGGGGGUCUUUCUGUGCUGCGGGUGACAGUGUCUCUGCCAGUGUUAGCCUGUACCCUUCAUUAACACUGAGUUAUGCGCCCUUUGGAAACCCAGGUCCUGUAGAACACAUUGCUUCACGGCUGGAGGCUUUGCCAGCCUGUGACACAGUGACCCUGGGAUGGCAGUGUGACAUGUGGAAAAUGAAAUACUUUAUGUGAUAACAAGACCAGAGACCCUAAAAGAAAAAACUAAUGGGUUUGACUAUCUGAACAUUUGUAAUUUUUGUAUGUCAAAAGUCAGCAUGAAGAAAAUUACAAAUGACAAAUUAGGUAGAAAAUUGCAACAUAACAAAGAAGUAUUUCUUUUUAUUUUAAGGAAGCAUGUAAAACAACCAGAGGUAUGGGCAAGAUUUCUUUUUUCCCUAUACCAGUGUUCAAACCCAGGGGUGCUCUACCACUGAGCUAUAUCCCCUGUUUUGUUUUGUUUCGUUAGACAAGGUCUUGCCAAAAUGCUUAUGUGAAACUCAGGUUUGCAGUCCUCCUGCCUCGCCUUCCAGAGUGCUGGGAUUACAGAUCUACAACACCACAUCCAGCUGAGCAUGCUUUUAUGAGUCAGUAAAUGAGGUAUUUAUCCUCAGAAGAAAACUGAGUGAAAGAAGAAAUAAAGAUCACUAACCUAAUUCCUAAUCAUGGGAAUACAAAUUGACAAGCAGUAAUAGUGUAAGUCUUUUGUUGGUUAGAUAAGUAUUGAGUUUAGAGAAUGGUAAUCCAGGCAGAUUGAGCUGAAGGAGAUAGGUACUAUCCUACAUAACUGCUAGGAGUAUCAAGUGAUGAAGGUUCCCAUUUGGGGUCAAAACAUAGCAUGUUCUAUCCUCUGACAGUAAUUCAUCAUUCAAGGAUUUUAUCCCAAAGCAAUAAUUGUAAGAUUUCCAGCUUCUAGAUGUAGUGGAAUGGUUAUCCAAAGACCUGCUGAAAAUAACUUAAAAUGCUAGAUAAAAUGUUAAAAAUAACUUUACAAAAGCCUCUAAGUGCCAGCAGGAUUAUAGGGGGUGAGAGCCCUGAGAGGUAGUGGAUCCCUGGCAGCUGUGGACAAAACUCUGAACCUGAGCUCUGGUUUUUGAUAAUCUAGUUGGAGAGAGACAUGGUCUCAAAAAGAGAAUGGAAACUUAAGAUUCUCAAAAUGGGGGAUCAGACCAGAGACCCCCUAAAAUGAGCUGAUCCUACAGAGGGCAAGGAUGAGCCAAAAGUGAACCCACAAAAGUAGAGAUCCAGUGUGAGAAGACCAAAUAAAAACUACCACAGACAGACUGCUCCAGGGACUUGUCACACAGAUUCACACCAGAGCAGUGCAUGCAGACCCGCUCUAAAUUUAGAGUGACACCAAACAGGUAGUAUGCAACAUACCUGGGAGGGGCAAAUAGAAACCCUCUCUAAAAAAACAACCCUUUAAUCCUAACCCUGGAAGAUUCCCCAUGGAUGUUUUUAAGGGCUGACUUAUAUCACAGAGAUGGCCAAGCUCACAAGGAAACCAAACUGUGCCAGUGUCCAAAGGACAGAGCAGAAUUGUGCAAAGCCUUCAGAGAGCAAGCCUGUGAGGCACAGCUGCACAGAAUGUGCUCCUCCCACCCACCCAAUUCUGGGACAAGGCCUUACUGAGUCCUGCCCAGGCCUGCACUGCUCCUGCUUCAGCUUCCCAGACGUAAUAUAUUUAAAGAAAUAAAAGUUAGAAAAUAUCUGUGAGAAAAACUGGACACUGUUAAGUGAUGUUUUAAUAGUCUUAAAAGCAUUUAUAGAGAAAGGUAGAGAUGUACGUUCCAGACUUUCCGGGAGUAAGAGUUCAACUAUUUUCUUCC